UUUUAAUGUCUCUGUGCGUGUGUGGGCCUCUCCCUCUCUUUCUCUCUUUCUCUCUCUCUCUCUCUCUAGAUGGUACAGCUAAGCUAUUUCUGGCGCUGCUCUCAGUCCCACACUCUUAAACGUGCAAUUGUAUCUGUUUUCUCGCAUACCCAUUGCCGUAUUCUGAAUUCCAAGCCAUUUUGCCUUUUCAUUUCUUAUAUCAUGUAAGCAUCUUCUUCUUUCUGUUUCCUUUUAAUUGGUUCUGUCUGUUUGGGAGUUAUCAAGCUGGAGGCAUGAAAGAAGGGGUGUCUCUCAAGUUUAGUCCCAGUAUGGUUCUGCUCCAAGUGUUUUUGUUGCUUUUAAGUCUGAAUGAAUUUCAAAAUAUUGGAGUAUCUGAAUUAAUGGACAGACGAUUGGAUGCAUUUCUUCCUGAGAUCUCGCCAAAUACAGCUCCUCAGCCUUUUCUUCCUAUUCUUGCACCUUCUCCAUUGCAACCUUUCACCAACAGUUCUAUACCAAAAUUAUCAGGACUAUGUACGUUGAAUUUCACUGCUGCUGAAAGUUUGAUGAGCAUGACAUCAAUUGAUUGCUGGGCCUUUUUUGCACCAUUGCUGGCUAAUGUUAUAUGUUGUCCACAGUUAGAAGCCACCCUUGCAAUUCUUAUUGGCCAAUCCAGUAAAGAAACUAAUGUGCUUGCUUUAAAUGGGACUAUUUCCAAGUAUUGCCUUUCAGAUAUUGAGCAAAUUUUGGUAGGUCAGGGCGCAGCAGAUAAUGUUAAGAGAAUAUGCUCAAUUCAUGCAUCAAAUCUCACCGAGGGGUCUUGCCCUGUUAAAAAUAUGAAUGAGUUUGAGAGCAUUGUGGAUUCAUCAAAGCUUCUUUCUGCCUGUGAGAAGAUUGAUCCUGUGAAAGAAUGUUGUGACCAAGUAUGUCAAAAUGCUAUAUCAGAAGCUGCUACAAGAAUUGCACUAAAAGCUUCUGAAAUCUUGAGGAUGGAUGGGACCCAUGGUUUACCUCAGCACUCAACUAGGGUUAAUGAUUGUAAAAAUAUUGUUCUCCGAUGGUUGGCAAGUAAACUUAAUCCUUCUCAUGCAAAGGAGGUUCUCAGAGGACUAUCUAAUUGCAAUGUUAACAAAGUUUGCCCUCUGGUUUUCCCGGACAUGAGCCAUGUUGCAAAGGACUGUGGGAACGUGAUAAGUAACACCACAGGAUGCUGUAAUGCCAUGGAUAGUUAUGUGUCUCACUUGCAGAAGCAGAGCCUCAUAACCAACUUGCAAGCUUUGGAUUGUGCUACAACUCUUGGAAUGAAGUUACAAAAAUCAAAUAUUACCAGAGAUGUUUAUAGCCUUUGUCACAUAAGCCUCAAGGAUUUCUCACUCCAAGUUGCAAAGCAAGAGUCUGGAUGCCUUCUACCUAGCUUGCCUUCUGAUGCAACACUGGAUAAGUCUUCUGGGAUCAGCUUUAUUUGUGAUCUGAAUGACAAUAUUCCUGCUCCAUGGCCUUCUUCAUCUCAAUUAUCAGCGUCAUCAUGCAAUAAAACUGUGAAAAUUCCAGCACUUCCAGCAGCUGCAUCUGGUCAAAGUGGCCUUUAUAGUGAAGAUUUGGUGUUUUAUAUGCAGUUUGCUGCCUCAGUCGUUAUCAUGUUGCUCUUACAGACUCUGUCUUAAUCAAGGCAAUCUUCAUUCCUAUCUACAUUUUCGCUAGUUCUUGUAGAAUGAGGUCAUCAGAAUGAGCUAAUGCCAAAGAGGAUUCACACGUCUGAGCCCUGUUAAUCCAAUUGUACCAGGUAGAGUCUUCAAGUCUCAACCUGAUGUGAAUUUAAGUUUGUCCCUCUGAUUGUAUUAAUUCUUGAUUCUUGCAUGCUUGUGUAAUAAUUUUUAUUUUUAUUUAUUUUUGUGAAGGAACACUGGAAAAUCAAAAUAUGGUGUUUCUAGUAAAAUAAAAAAAAUAUAUAUAUAUAAUAUUGUAUUUCACUAGACCAUAUCAUGUAUAUUUGGACUGGACUGCAGAUGAAUUUGAUUUGUAGGUAUGUAUAUAUUAGGGUGAUAAUGCAGACUGUAAUCCAACAAUAUCUGCUUUGUAUCUGAAUAUAUGUCAAUGCAGCUUCUUCGUUUUUC